AUGGCGUGUUUGGACAGUCUGCUGGAUGGCAGUGUUGAUUGGCAGUUUUUUUACUACGACGCCCGAUUGGCUUCGUUCACCGACGAGUGGCCUCAUCGCUCCGCUAACUUACUGCCAGAAAAGGUUGGCUGUCUAUCGCUUACCUCGAGAUGGCUGCAGCAGGCUUCUACUACGAUCCAGACAACACAGUCAGAGACAAUGUCACUUGCCCAUUCUGCUUGA